AUGCAAAACUCUUCAAGAGUACAACUCGGAACGAGAAUACUAAGAAUCGAAAAGCGGCUCGGCAGCGGCGGUUUCGGUGUGGUAUACAAAGUGAAAGAUGAAGCAACUUCUAGAGUAUACGCUUUGAAGGACAUCUUAUGCUCGUGCGAUUCACAACCUGAACAAAUUCAGCAAGCUAUUCGGGAGGCUCAAACACUGAAGCAAGUCUGUCACGAGAACAUAAUUGCACUUGAGAAGGCCGAACAACUGAGAGAUAGCCAAGGUUUGCAUAUGUUGAUUUUGACUGAGUACUGCUCUGGUGGAAACAUGAACAAGCGCCUUGCUAGAGCAAGCAGUCCAGAAUUAAACUUUCGGUGGAUGUGCCAAAUGGCCGCAGCUCUUGAGUACCUCCAUUCAAGAAGAGUUGUUCACCGUGAUUUAAAACCAGACAACGUGCUGUUAACGGUAACAGAGGAUGUCAAAUUAGCUGAUUUUGGCUUGGCCCGUGAGUACACCGAAAUGACGAUCGAUUCUAGACAAAAACUUAGCUUGCGCUCAUGGGUGGAUCGCUACGUAAAAACACAACAAGAUUAUAUGAUCUCACGAGUUGGUACGCCAUACUGGAUGGCCCCCGAAGUUUUUAAAGGCCAUUACACUGAAAAAGCUGACGUUUUUUCACUUGGUGCAAUAUUUUUUGCGACCUUAGAGAGGGACUUUAUUCGUAUUGGUAGAGAGAGUUAUUUCGGUGCGUUCAAGUUUAUUGACGGGGAAUGUGUUGGACUUGGGUAUGCAAUGUGGCGUGAUCCACGAAAUUGCAUCAAAUUUACUAGACGAGCGGAGGCGCAAGGCUCAUGUGCUCUGCGACGGAUAACUCUUAGUGCCUUGAAAUUUGACAAAAACGAUCGACCAAGUGCAAGAAAAAUUCACCAAGAACUGAUCCGUGGUCAUGAAAACCCUUGUGAAAUAGUGACCCAGGUUUUGCUCAUCCGUACUCAGGCAUAA